AUGUCCAACACGACGAAACUGGCAUUUGACACUGGAGCGGCGGGUCGUCGAGUGGCUGGAGAAGCUCGAUCUCCACAGCUAACAUACCGGCUUGAUUACCCAGAUGAUGGCUGCGACUUCUGGGCUAGCUUUGAAGCCCUCAAGGACAUACGAUUAGAUAGGGCCGACAAUGUCCGAAGUUUGAUUCGACAGGUUGCCGGCGUCAUCGGUGUGGGCAAGCUAAUGGUUGUCUCCACGAUGAAGAAUCCCCUCCAAGUGCCGAGCUGGCUGAAAGGUGGUGGUAAUCUGGAGGCUGAGAACCGCCCGGGCGGGGAUGCGCCGCUUUGGUACUCCCGAUUUGUCGCAGUUGCCAUGCUCCUCAUGUAUGGCCUGCUUAUCUUUUUCCAGCUGGGCACCCACUCGCACCUCUUUGAGGAAGAGGCGGAGGACGGGGAGGAGGAGGAACCAGGCAUUCUUGGCUUCUGGGGGGGUGUGACCUGGCUGGGAAUCAUUACAGUUUUCAUCUCGAUUCUGUCCCAGUGGAUUGUGGACACAAUCGAAGGUGCUGCGUCUUCCCUGGGCAUGCCAAUUCUCUUUAUCAGCGGGAUACUGGUGCCCAUCGUCGGAAACGCUGCCGAGCACGCAGCCGCAGUGGUGUUCGCAUACAGAAAUAAGAUGGAGAUCGCUCUGGGCAGUGCUGUCGGGUCAGCGGUGCAGAUUUCUGUAUUCGUCAUACCUCUGUGCGUUGUGCUUGGCUGGAUGCUUGACAAGCCGAUGACGAUGAACUUCCACUUCUUCGAGACGGCGACCAUGCUUCUCACUUCCGUUUGCAUCGCCAUCGUCUUGAUGGAUGGGAAGGCGAAUUGGCUGAAAGGGGCCAUGCUCAUCCUCGGCUAUGCGCUCAUAGGUGCCGGCUUCUGGGCGCACGCGGAUCCUACGCAAAUGUCGUAG